AUGUAUACCCCGUACUCCGCGCUGGAAGCAUCUGGAAAUGGUUGCCAGGACCAAUUCCUUCUUGUGACUUCCAUGCCCUUUUAUCCCCCCUUGGGAGACUUACUUGUACUCCUUAUUCCCAUAUUGGAUAAUUGGGACAUAACUAUACCCAAAUUAAAUACCACUGUGGCUCAGUUGAACUAUUUUUAUUCAUGUGGCUCGCAUCGCACUCAUGAUAACAUGGACUCUUCGGCCGAAGUCCCUCCGCUCUCCCACCAUUCACCUCUACCGCAGGUGUGGAAUACAUCGAGCCAUACAACCACAGGAACGGAUGAAAGUGAGCUAAGUGUGGACGACUCCGGCCCUUCGACCCCUGCACAAGAUUCGGAUUCUCUUGGCGAUGAUGGGGUUCGGAUCAUCAGGCCAUAUGCCGUCGAAGAGCCCGAGGAUGAGCCCGAUACACCACGACGGAACCUACUUCGCCUGCCAGAUCGAUUUGAACGAUGGCAGCGUGACUUGUCAGAAUACAUGAAUGACUUGAACUACGAGGCCGAUGGGCAACAUGGCACAUCUACGGUCCCCCGAAAGCAAGGACAGAAGAGGAAGUUGGCCCACGCACCCAGGCAUGAGGGUGGCUACCAUGGACGAGCAUCAUCAGAUAUGCAGCAAGGGCAGGAACAGAGAUCCAAAAAGCGACGAAGUGAUUCCCUCGAGGAUUCUCCUGUUACGAACUCAUUCCAAGCUUUCCGCGAUGUGAAUGUGGACGAAAGCUCAUGCUCCGACGCACGUUCGACCGAGUGUAGUGGCAUAGACACUACAGCUAACUCGCCUGAUGAGAUGGACAUCGACUGA